CUGGAGGUCAUAGGAGCGUAGUGCAGCUAAUGUGAGAUUUCCGGUGUUAUGGCGACCACACGGCAACAUCAUCGCUUCAAUCAGCGCGAGCAGGCAGCGGCUUUAGAGAGUUCUGAAGUGAAGCAAGUAUUUCACAUGUCUGCGUAACUCUGACUAUGGUGCUUCUAGUAGCGCUGGGGUUAGUUUUUCCUCUCCUUGUGGGCACCACUGAGACGGCUGAGAACCACAAGACAGCAACACCGCUCUUUAACUACAGUUGGAUCUCACUGCCACCAGAGCACAUACCCUACUUUCUCCACAACAACAAGAGGAUUGCAAAGCAGUGCCGCCUGGACCCACUCUGUCCUUUUAAAGAUGCACUGCAGGAUUUGUCAGCCUGUUGGGGUUAUGAAAAGAACUGUGACCAAGAGAAACGCUUCAGCUACCCUGUCUGCACCAAAGCUGACUCCGGAUGGGCUCGUUCGUUGGACGCGGCCCGAGAGCUUUUCUGGAAGCAGGCGGAUUUCGGCUACGUCAGUGAGCGUCUCUCUGAGCUUAAAACACUCUGCAAGGCCAACAAUCCAGAGGAUUCGUCAUUGAGGUGUACUCGCCACACUAGAUACUGCAGAGCAACAAACCUUUACCUGGACUUGCGGCAGCCACGAAGAGGUCACGAGAGGUUCCAGGAGGACUUCAUUCAAAUGGGAGAAAUUGGAGGACUUUGCAAACUGAACAAGCAGGCACUUGCUGCUGAGGGAGAUCACAAGAGUCCUCUGCAGUCUUGGUACGCUGAACUACAGACUUACUCAGAGCUGGACUUUCAUCCCAUAAAGGAUGGACACUGUGACAUCAUUAUUGAAAAACCUACAGUUUUUAUGAAGCUUGAUGCUGGGGUGAACAUGUACCAUCAUUUUUGUGACUUUGUCAACUUGUAUAUCUCUCAACACAUUAACAAUUCCUUCAGCUCUGACAUCCUCAUCGUCAUGUGGGACACGAGUUUUUAUGGAUAUGGAGAUUUGUUCAGUGAAACAUGGAGGGCCUUUUCAGAUUACGACAUCGUCCAUCUGAAGACCUAUGACUCAAAAAGAGUUUGUUUCAAAGAUUCCUUCUUCUCUCUUCUACCAAGAAUGAGAUAUGGCCUUUUUUACAACACACCCCUCAUUUCAAACUGCUAUACUGAGGGGAUGUUCAGGGCUUUUUCCCAGCAUGUUCUGCACCGCCUCCAUGUCCAUCAAAACAAACCAAAGGAGAGGCUUGUUCGUCUCACCCUGCUGGCACGCAGCACAGAAUACAGGAGGAUAUCAAACCAAGAGAAGCUGGUAAAUGCCCUCAAGACGGUGCCUCUGCUGGAGGUCACUGUGGUGGACUACAAAUACAAAGAUGUUCCUUUCCUGAAGCAGCUGGAGAUGACCCACCACUCUGACAUCUUCAUAGGAAUGCACGGGGCCGGUCUCACACACCUCCUCUUCCUCCCUGACUGGGCGGUCAUCUUUGAGCUAUAUAACUGUCAGGAUGAGAGCUGCUAUCGAGAUUUGGCUCGUCUGCGGGGCAUUCGAUAUGUGACUUGGCAGAAAAUGGACAAAGUGCUCCCACAGGACAAGGGUCAUCAUCCCACACUUGGAGACCAUCCAAAGUUCACCAACUACUCCUUCGACGUGGUGGAGUUCAUGCGGAUUGUGAUGGAGGCAGUUGAUUAUGUCACACACCAUCCCAAGUGGCAACACGGUGACCGUCACGAUGAGCUUUAGAAUGUCUGACAGUCCAGAGGGAGAGGAAAAAAGACCUCCUCCUGUCAGCAAGUUGACUUUAUGGAUCUUUCAAUGCCUAGCUGGCCAGGUCUGGUGCUCCACGCUCAGGGGGCGGGGCUCCAGGGACAGUUUGCUCCCCUUUCUCCGAUUACAUUUCAUGAUGGUCCAUGAGGAGGACGUUAGCCUGUGAUUCAACUAUUACUUGACAGUGAAACUUCCCUCUUUGUUCCCGUCCCCUUGUCUUUAAUUGCACAUUAGACAUGUAGGUUCCUUUAGUGGGGGUGCUUGGACACCAUUGCCACAGGAGGUGUCCACACGGUGCCCUGCCCCUCUUGUGGGAAACCAACUUAUAUGAUGGUUGCUCCUUGUCUUCAUGGUGAGGGGGGGAUCCUUGAGAACCCUGAACCAAGCAGCCAAUAAUACCUAAUCUGGGAAUGUCUGUACCCCUGCAGGCUGCUUGUGGUCCUCGCCUUCAUGGGCUUGGCCUCUCUGUUUUUCAUUGUUACCGUGGCAACUCGGGCCCGGUUAGCCUGGAUGGAGACUUGCCCUCUGCCCUGUGCUGGACUUACCGUGGAGCCGGUUGGUGACCUGUCUGGAUCAUGGUGUUGGCGCAACCAUUUGUGUUUGUACUGAUAGUUAAGCACAUCGAUGUGCACAAAACAACUAUUCUCUUAGGCAAAUACAUGCCUUAGCGAUAAGGAAGCUUUUGUUCAUUUUUAUGUUGCUUCUUUUUCAAUCUCCAACCAUUUUUAGUCUAUCUUUGACUUCAACCCCCUUUUUUACCCUCUUCCUUGCUCCCCUGAUCUCUCCAAACACCCCCCUCUACAAUCCAUCAUCUAUUCAGUUUGAAACUUAAAGAAGGAUUAUACAAUAUUUUAAGAUAGUUCCUAAAAAAUAAAGUUUAGCCUCAAAUACAAAAGGGGGUUUAUGCAAAUAUAAACCUUGUGUUUCCAAAAACUAAAUAACCCCUGUUGGAAAAUCUGUCUCAACUGAAGAGGUUAUUCAUUUUUCUCCAUUUGCCCAGCAACUGGACUCACAGAUAAAAAAAUACCUAGAUUAUUUUCUCAAAUAUAUGUCAUGGGGUGGGGGUUAUUUGUCACCUCUUUUGCUGUUUUGAUAGGUCUGAAAGACUGAAAGCCGUUUGGUGACAGAUCCAGUUUGAAUAGCUUUCACAAGCUCUAUUAGUGUCAGAUCAGUUAAAGGGGGGGCUGUAGCUGGAGAGCAAUAAGAUGUCUUCUAUGUUUCUUCAUUACCUCCGCUGUGGCUACUUCGUUCCCCGCCGUCAAUGUUGGUAAAUGAGCUGCUGUUGUCACAUUCCUUCACAUGCAACAUCUUGUCCAAUUUGAUCAGCGUCAUUUUGAUGCGAGUGUCUGGAGAACUGCUGACAAUCAAACCGGAGUUUCUUAACAGGGCCAACAUAACUUGAUUUGAUGUUGUGAGCUGUUAUUAUUCAGGAUUCAUCCAUGAAGUAUUUUUUUUUCUUCCUUUCAGUUAGACUGACAGGGCUGCACUAAGGUUUCCACUACAUGAUGAAGGUGCCCGAAGUAAUUACUGACAAAAAACAUCAUAGCCUUCAGUUAGAUUCCAAAAUGAUAUUUUUUUUCUCCUUUAAUAAAGUAUUAGAAUAUUAUAGAAAUAGAGGAAAAAUACACACUUUAAUAAGCUGCCAGACUGUAGAAGGGUAAUAAUGUAGCACUAGCAGUGGUUCGCUCAGGAUGCAGAGAUGCUUCUCUAUAUUCUGUUUGAAAUUAGGCACAUUAUUACACAGUUACUUCUGUAAAUGAUGCUUUUCAAGACAUUUUAGUCAAAAAGUACUCCAAAUAUAGGCCUACUUUAGAUAUUUCGCAUUUGCUGGCUGAAAAUUGGAAAAAAAUGUUUGGUUUUAUCACCUAGACUGACUUUGUUUACAUCUAUGUUUAACAUUAGUCACAGACACUGCAGAUGCAGUGUUCCUUUUUAUUGACUAUUUUUAAAAAUGUUUUUGUAUAAACUUUGUUUUAUUUAGUAAAAUCAGGGUUAAUGGUCAAACGAACAAGGUGCUGCAAACGUUACCCUCUCAAAGUUCUUUUAUUUUCAUAUUUUGUAACAACUGUGACUGAAAGGGAAUGAGCACAAUGAUAGGUGCUCUCGUGAAGUGCUCUGAAAAUUGUGUGGCUUUUUUGGGAGCUUAAUGUUUUAUUUAUCAUGUGCAAUUAAGUCUGACCUUUUUUGAUUAUGACUUCACAAAAUGUCUUUGACAGGAGAGCUCUUUCAAAAUAAAAUAAAGCCUUUCAAAUGAGGGCAAUACUAAAGCAUGUAUUCCUCUCUUUGUUGGCCACAUUUUAUAGAAAAUUUGAUUCUUCUCACUUAUUUAUCUCUUGAAGUCUAACCUUGAGGAACAAACUGAAGUAUGUGGUUUAUGAGUUCCUGCUGAUGUGAAAAUUCUUUUUUUUUUUUAAUCUGAAGGUUUCAUUAUUUUUGUGAGCUCGUGUGUAAGGAGGAAAGGGGCUCUUUGCAAAAGGGCACUUGUUCUCUUUUUACAGUAGCUGUAAUAAAUCUGGAUGACCUCAAAAGAAAAACGGCCUGAUCAAACAGUGACGACUCUCGGCCACAUGGGGGCAGUACGACACCACACAUGAGGCCUGAUCCUGACCUCUUCGGCUGUGUGACCGCUCCUGACGGACUGAGUUCAACGGCGCUGACAGGCAAAAAAUGAUGUAUUUACAAAUAUAUACAAAAGGUCAGAGGAAAACAAUAUUUGCUCAGUGGCGUUUGCUUCCACAUCACAAGGCGGCUGUCAGCGGGGGCGCUCCUGUGUGCCUCUGUGCGGAUGUUGUGUCUGAACUUUCUGAGUAUUGACAGACACAGAGCCUGUCUGGGAUGGACACUAUUUAUGGCCCGGCUCGGGUUGCUGCCGGUGACCUCAUAAAGAAAUAAAGAAUCUCUGUACUACACCAAAGAAGAAAGAAAUAAAA